AAGCCCAGUUCUGUCGGGCCCCGUAUGCCGUCUUCCUCCGUCUAGAGACCCCGUUUUGUUUUUAGGGUUUUAGAACUUCGAACUUCGAAGCGCUGAAAAGUGAAAACUCUAGCCGCUGUAAUUCCUCCGUCUACAAAUUCAAAGGGUUUUUAGGGCAGUCUACAAAUUCCUCCGUCUAGCCGCUGAAAACUCUCACUCUCUCAAUGGAUCCUUCGCAACUCCAAUCCAAUGAACUUGCGCAAUUUAUCGCCCAAGAGAAGGAAAGAGCAAUGGUUAAUGAGAUGGUGGCAAAGCUCACAAAUGUCUGCUGGGACAAAUGCAUCACUGGUACACCCGGAAGCAAGUUUAGUUCCAGUGAGUCUAGUUGCCUUUCAAACUGUGCGCGGCGUUAUAUGGAUAUGAGCAUCAUUAUUGUGAAACGCUUCCAGAACAUGCAGUGAAGGUCUAGGAGGAUUGGCAUUAUCUCUGUUACAAGAACUGGUCUUUUUGCCUGUCUUUUUUGGUUAAAUUGUUGGUUGAAGAUGCUUUGAAUUGUUGGAUAGAUCUCUUUCAAAUUUGUUGAAAAUAUAAAUUAAGGUGUCUUUUAAUUUUA